GAGAGAAUUUCGAGCAGACUCCGCUCAGACGCACCUUUAAGUCCAAAGUUCUGUCUCGAUAUCCAGAAAAUGUCGAGUGGAACGCGUUUGACCAAGACGCAGUGGGUAUGCUAUGUAUGCCAAAGGGACUCGCCUUCAAGACUCAGGCUGACUGCCGCGACCCCCAAUUCCACGCUUUUAUCAUCACGCGCGAAGAUGGGUCGCGGACGUUCGGGUUCUCCCUCACCUUCUUCGAGGAAGUCACCAGCAAGCAGAUAUGCAGCGCCAUGCAGACCCUGUACCACAUGCACAACGCCGAGUACGACAUCAUCCACACCUCCGCCACCAACGGCACCACGAACUGCACCGCGGGGGAUUGCCACGACGCCUCCGUCUCCAAGCUGCAGAGGUUCAAUUCCUACGACAUUUCUCGGGACACUUUGUACGUCUCCAAGUGCAUCUGCCUCAUCACCCCCAUGUCCUUCAUGACGGCCUGCAAGAAGGUCCUGGAGCAGCUGCACCAGGCCAUCGUCUCUCCGCAGCCCCCGCCGCUGCCGCUGGAGAGCUAUAUCUAUAACCUCCUCUACGAGGUGCCUCUUCCUCCUGCGGGCAGGUCCUUAAAGUUUUCGGGGGUCUACAGGCCAAUUAUAUGUCAGAGGCCGAGCACCAAUGAACUGCCACUCUUUGACUUUCCGGUGAACGAGGUGUUUGAGUUGCUGGGAGUAGAGAAUGUUGUGCAGCUCUUCACCUGCGCGUUGCUGGAGUUCCAGAUCCUCCUCUACUCACAGCAUUACCAGAGGCUGAUGACGGUGGCGGAGACCAUCACGGGUCUGAUGUUCCCCUUCCAGUGGCAGCAUGUCUAUGUGCCAAUCCUUCCAGCGUCCCUCCUCCACUUCCUGGAUGCACCGGUGCCCUACCUGAUGGGGCUACACUCCAACGGGCUGGAUGACCGGUCCAAACUGGAGCUACCGCAGGAGGCCAAUCUUUGUUUUGUGGACAUUGAUAACCAUUUCAUUGAGCUUCCUGAGGAUCUCCCGCAAUUCCCCAACAAACUGGAAUUCAUCCAGGAGGUGUGCGAGGUCCUGAUGUCCUUCGGCAUCCCGCCAGAGGGGAAUCUCCACUGCAGCGAGAGCGUCUCCAAACUGAAGAGCCUCAAAGCUGCAGAUCUGGCAUCUGACAAGAAGAACGGCAACCUGGCCCGAUCGCCACUCAACUCUUACGAUCUUCUGAAGGAGAACGAGACCUUGGCCCGGAUUCAGGCCUUGGUGAAGAGGACUGGAGUCAGUUUAGAGAAGGUGGAGGUCCAGAUAGAAUCCCCCAGCAAGAAGGACUCGAAAUUCCAGUGUGACGAGGAAGAGCUCCGAGUUCACCAACUCAACAUCCACACCCGGGAGGUGUUCGCCAACCGCUUCACGCAGAUGUUCGCGGACUACGAUGUUUUCGUCAUCCAGCCCAGCCAAGACAAGGAGUCCUGGUUCAACAACCGCGAGCAGAUGCAGAACUUUGAUAAGGCGUCUUUCCUCUCCGACCAGCCGGAGCCGUACCUUCCGUUCCUCUCGCGGUUCCUGGAGACGCAGAUGUUCGCCUCUUUCAUCGACAACAAGAUCAUGUGUCACGACGAGGACGACAAAGAUCCCGUCUUACGAGUCUUUGACUGCCGAGUGGACAAGAUCCGGCAGCUGAACGUCCGGACUCCGACUCUGCGCACCUCCAUGUACCAGAAAUGCACCACCAUCGAGGAAGGAGUGAAGGCCAUAGAGCAGCGACUCGCCAAGAUUGACCACACCGCCAUCCACCCCCAUCUGCUGGACAUGAAGAUCGGGCAGGGGAAGUACGAGCCGGGGUUCUUCCCUAAACUCCAGUCUGAUGUCCUCUCCACGGGACCGGCCACCAACAAGUGGACGAAGCGGAACGCCCCGGCGCAGUGGCGGAGGAAGGACAGACAGAAGCAGCACACCGAGCACCUCAGAAUGGACAAUGAUCAGAGGGAGAAAUACAUCCAGGAGGCCCGGAAUUUGGGUAGCACCAUCCGCCAACCCAAACUCUCCAACCUCUCCCCCUCCGUCAUCGCCCAGACCAACUGGAAGUUUGUGGAGGGUCUGCUAAAGGAGUGUCGCAAUAAGACGAAGCGGAUGCUGGUGGAGAAGAUGGGCCGGGAGGCGGUGGAGUUGGGUCACGGGGAAGUCAGCAUCACCGGGGUGGAGGAGAACACGCUGAUCGCCAGCCUGUGCGACCUUCUGGAGCGGAUCUGGAGCCACGGCCUUCUGGUGAAACAGGGGAAAUCCGCCUUGUGGUCGCACCUCUUGCAGUAUCAGGACAACCGGAGGAAGAUGGUGGCCGGGAGCUUCAGUCAUGCAGAAUUGUUUUUAGAUACAGAGAGGAGGAAAUCUGAUCCCAACCCAGUGAUGGCUCCUCUGAAGAUCUCUCUGGUCCAGGACAUGCUACACAUCCAGAACAUCGGGGAGAUAAAGACGGAUGUGGGGAAGGCCCGGGCCUGGGUGCGCCUGUCCAUGGAGAAGAAACUUCUCUCCAGACACCUAAAGCAGCUUCUUCUGGACCACGAGCUCACCAGAAAGCUCUACAAGCGUUACGCCUUCCUGCGCUGUGAUGACGAGAAGGAGCAGUUCCUCUACCACCUUCUGUCCUUCAAUGCUGUGGACUAUUUCUGCUUUACAAACGUUUUCACCACAAUCAUGAUCCCCUAUCACAUCCUCAUCAUCCCCAGCAAGAAGUUGGGGGGCUCGAUGUUCACUGCCAACCCCUGGAUCUGUAUCUCCGGAGAGCUGGGGGAGACGGGGGUCCUGCAGGUGCCGCGCAGCAUUCUGGAGAUGACUUAUGAGUGCCAGAAUCUCGGGAAGCUGACAACCGUUCAGAUCGGACACGACAACUCCGGGUUGUACGCCAAGUGGCUGGUGGAAUUUGUCAUGGUUCGCAAUGAGAUUACAGGACACGCCUACAAGUUCCCUUGUGGCCGCUGGUUGGGGAAAGGCAUGGACGACGGAAGUCUGGAGAGAGUUCUGGUUGGCGAUCUUCUGACACCAACAACCGAUACAGAAGACAGACCGUGCCGGACGCCCCCCCUGCAACACUCGCCCGGCAUGAUCCGGAGACUUGUGGCCAUCUCGCCCAACAGCCGACCGAAACUGAACACAGGUCAGAUCCAGGAGGCCAUCGGAGAGGCCGUCAAUGGAAUUGUAAAACAUUUUCACAAACCGGAGAAAGAGAGGGGAAGUCUGACGUUGCUGCUCUGCGGGGAGGGCGGUCUGGUGUCGGCUCUGGAACAGGUUUUCCAACACGGAUUCAAGUCGCCGCGACUCUUCAAAAGCAUCUUCAUAUGGGACUUCCUAGAGAAGGCGCAAGCGCAUUACAACGGCCUCGAGUUCAACGAAGGGGCCCCCAGUGAAGACUGGCAGAAGAGGGCCCGUAUCUUCAGCCGCAUCAUCAACGCCAUCAACAGCACUUCUCGCAACAUCGGCAAAGACGGCAAGUUCCAGAUGUUGGUGUGCCUGGGAGCCCGUGAUCACUAUUUGCACCACUGGAUUGCCUUGCUGGCAGACUGCCCCGUAAUCGCACAGAUGUACGAGGACGCGGCUUUAAUCAAAGACCACACAUUGGUCAACUCGCUCAUCCGCGUCCUACAGACUCUGCAGGAGUUCAACAUCACCCUGGAGAGCUCCCUGGUCAAAGGAAUCAACAUCUGAACCCCUCCCAGAUGCCAGAGAUCGAUCACUACUGUGCACCCUACGGCGCCCUCCCCCUGCUGCUGCCGCCGCCGCCACUCGCAGCACCCCCCUCUGUCUAUUAUACUGGAGAGUAUAAUGUUUUCUAGAGGGAUUUCUUUAUGACUUAUUUUACAUCCUUUCAUAUAAGAGAGGUGAAAAGUGAAUAUCGAUCAGCUUAUUUUUCAAGCUGUUCUAUUUGUUGUCCAUGGACUUGGUCCCGAGCCGUCCGCCCACAGCGCUCCUUCCGCACUUCUUACAAAAUCAUGGUGACUUUUUUUUUUUUUACAUCGUCUGUUACAUUGUAUCAAUUUUAUUGCUUUACCGGCACUUCAUCACUUAUUUGCUGUUACAGAAAGAUAUAAAUAUAUAUAAAUAUGAUAUAUAUAUUUUUAAAUUUAAUCGUGCUAGACCCGCCGCAGUGUUGAGGAUUUACGAAGAAGAAGUUUGUGAAUUUUAUUUUAUCUUUUUCUCAGUAUUAAGUUGUGAGUGACGAGACGUCCAAAAGACUUUAUAUAUUGCGACACAAAUGCACUCUGAUUUUUUUUUUUUUUUAAAUAUAUAUAUAUCUAUUCUUUUUUAUUUAUUUAACUAUUUGUGUGUUUUUCGUUGUCCUGACCCUCCAACGCAGCCUGCGCAGUCCCUCCUUUUAUAAAGCGACGACCCCCCCCCCCACGGCGUAGAGAGCGAAUGAGGACGAGGAGUCUGUGACGCUUCCUGUCGGACGGCCCUCUGGCUUGUGGGGGGAUCUCUGUUAUGCCAAGAGAAAUUCUGAAGUUUACUUUUAAUUCUGUCCAAGGUAGAUUAACGAUGCUGCUUCAUGCGCCUCUGACAUGCAAUAAUACAAGUGGGCUUCGUGCCCUUCAUCGUCUCUAACCCUCGCCGCUGGCCGAUGGGCUCAGAGGUAUUUUGCACAGAUCAAUUUAAAAGA